UGAUUGCGUCGAUUCGAAGCGUAAAGUACGCUCCAAACCCCCACCUUGCUUUUCCGAUGUCAUGGGUUCUUAUCGAAUCUUUAAUACGAACAAAAACGUGCAAUGCAUCGCCAGACUCUUCGAAUCUUCACUGCACGCCGUACCACUAUCUCUCUCUAAAAGUGAUUGCGUCGAUUCGAAGCGUAGAAUACGCACCAAACCCCCACCUUGCUUUUCGGAUGUUAUGGGUUCUUAUCGGAUCUUUAAUACGAACAAAAACCUGCAAUGCAUCGCCAGACUCUUCGAUCUUCACUGCACUCCGUACUACUCUCUCUCUCCUCUAUCGUCCUCUGUUCACUCUCGUGCUCUCUUUACAAGCCCUAAAAUCAAAAGACCAGCUUCUCUCUCUGAAGAAUUUGUAGGAAGAUAUGUACAAAACGAAGCUUCAGGAGCUUUGUCACCAGUACUCAUGGAAUUUACCGGAGUAUAUGAUCAUGAAAGACGGUCCCGAUCACAACCCUAGGUUUAACUCCACAGUGGUUGUUAAUGGCGUGACUUUUGAGGUUCCAAAGGAUCAAUGUAGAUCCUCUGGGGAAUCCCAGAAUCAAGCUGCCAAACUAGCAUUCGAUCACUUCACUGCCGCUAAAGCCGUUGAAAAUAACAUACCCGAUUUACCACUCGUUAGCGGUUAUCCAAGUCCGUUGUGCUCUGGUUUGUCUACUUCCAAUAUUAAUUCGGAUGUUGGAAUUGUGCUACCAACCCAACAAGAAGAUGCACGAUCUCCCCAGACUAACAGAACUCCAUUAGCUUCCAAUGAAGAUAAGAGGUCCAAAGGUCGGAAAGAAAUUAUUUUGUUUUUGCCAUCUUCUUGUCAAUUACAUUGCAGCAUUGCUUUUCACAUGAGAAUUAUUCUUCAAGGAUUUUGAGGGUUGCCUGAGUCGUUUUACGUUUAAAAACUUAUAGUUAUCUAUAUUUAAGCUUGCUGAGAAAAUUUGUGUUGUUUUUGGGUGAUCGUUUCAAUGCUUUAUCAUGCGCUGCUGAAAGUUUCUCUUAUUAUGAAAAUGCAUUAAGUGAAGUG